AUGUACACAGCUGCAGGUGUGCUGGCUGUAAAAUCUUGCAUCUUGUUUUUCUUAACACUUAGCAUUGUGCAUAAGCAUUACGUGUCAUUAAGAACAUUGUCUGCCAUUUUCAAUUUUCAGAGUCUGUUGACUGUAAUCUUGCUGCUUAUAUGUACCUGUGCUUAUAUCCGAUCUUUGACACCCAGCGUCCUGGACAGAAAUAAAACAGGGCUGUUGGGUAUAUUUUGGAAAUGCGCCAGAAUUGGUGAACGAAAGAGUCCUUAUGUUGCAGUAUGCUGUAUAGUGAUGGCCUUCAGCAUCCUGUUCACACAGUAA